UAUAUUAUUUUGAGACUCUGCGUUAAUGUUCAAAGCUUGCCUUGUUGAUGCCCCUCAUGCCUGUGACCUUCAACCGGCAUGUUACCACCAAGCCCAUUUCCACCCCUGCUGGUGUGUGAUGCUGCUCUCGGCGAAGCUCCCGCCGUCUCCGAUGGUGCGGCGGAACCGCACCAACGGAGGUGUCCGUUCCAUUGUGCGGUACGUGUGUCAGUGUAGCCACAAUCGCAGAUAAACCCACCCCUCUGACUGCCUCCAUGAUUGAUUAGCGUGCUCGACCUCCCACGUACUCCACUCAUACCGUGAUAAAAGGCGAGAACUCCUAAAACGCGAAAGAUUGUCUGACGAAGUAAGGGAAAUCUGCGUUUUGUGAGAAGCGGCAGAAAUAAACCUUGGCCAAUCAGAAAGCAGGAAGCGGACGAGCGUGUUGGUUUUCUGUUUUCAGUCUACUCGCUUCGCCGUGUUUACCGGGGGCGAGCGAGAGAACGUGUGCGUGUGGUGGCCAAGGGUUGUUUUCUGCCGUGACGUUUCUUUUUGGCACGUGAUGUUUCGUGGCGUGACGUAUUGGACUGGACAAAUUUCGCGUCUAAGUUUCCCCUGUUUUCGGGGCGACAUGGAUUCGCAUCCAAAUCUCGGAAAAGGGCCUGCCGACGGGAUCCGUACGUCGGUGGAUGCCUCGAUCGCCGACGGCGGCGGCAGCAGCGGUGGUGGCGGUGUCCCUCCCUCCGCCACUGUGGCGGGCGCGGCUGCCGCAAUAGCAUUGGCAGCCAAGCAGGACCAGCAGAACCCGCCGCCGCAGCAACAGCAGCCGCCGCAGCAGCAGCCGCAACAGCAGCGGCAGCAGCAGCAGCAGCAGACGCAGCAACUUCAACGUCAGCAGCAAGAAGCGGCAGCUGGGGCCGCAGCCGCGGCGGGGUCGGCGGUCGGCGGGGAUGAGGCACGGCUGGCCGACGGCAUGGCUGGUUUAUCCGUGGAGGGCCUCGGUGGGUCGUCUGCGGUGGCCGGGGGGAACAACCUGGGUGCCGGUGCGGCGUCGGGGGCGCCGGGUGCGUUGCAGCUUGUGAUGUUGCAGCAAGAUAACGAGAAUCUCGUUGCGAAAGUAUCGGCUUUGGAGCAAUCCCUGCAGCAGUUGCUGAACAACCAAGGUGGGGCGCGGGUUCGCACGUGGUCGGCCCGCAUGCUGCUGAUGGCGCGGGAGCCGCGGUGGCGGUCGGUGCGGGUCUUGGUGCAGCUGCUGCUCCUGGGUCGGACGCUGAUCGCCAGCGUCGCUUCGCAAAAGCGGAAUUCGAGAGUACCGCUUCUGCUUGGCGUGCGGGACGUUUGAUGUGGGCGCUGCGUGGUAAGCGGGGAAUUGACGUUCCCAACAAAGAGACCCUGCAAACGAUGAUGGGGGGGACCGUUACCGGCACCGACAAGACCUUGCAGCAGCUUCGGACCAUGUCCGGACUGAACGUCCUCGACUUCCUUCCCGUUGGCAAUUCUGGUGAGCUGUCAGUCCCGGACCACUUUGAUUUGACCUGUGCUGCGAUCGUUAACGUGUUGAAAUUUGGUCUCUCUGCCACCUCCGCGGACAACGCUGCAGCUCUGGCGCGCUUGCUGCCCAUGGAGCAGGCCAUACUUUCGGCGCGGGGUACGCUGCGAAUGCAAGCCCUCCGCCAUAUGGGCGAUUUUCAGGGGAGGGGGUCGCGGGGGACCUUCGCCGACCUCCCUAACGACGAUUUUCGGGAAUGGGCAAAUGCGGUAAUGUUGUGGAUGUUACCGAUGCAGAAUUUGCCGGUGCCGCCGGAGUCUUUCGAGCGCUUUGGCCCCCCGCCGGUUCCUCGGUUCGAUGGCAUCAACGGCUUCUCCAUGUCCGGGAGCAUUGCGCUACGGAUGUUCGGGACUGUGGGUGGUGGAGGUUCUUCUGGAUCGAGUGGGGGUAAGCGACGGCGGGGGGACUCCCGCUCCGCGGGUGGGGACUCCAAACGCCGGUCGAAGGUGUGUUUCGAAUAUCGCGACUCCCCAACAUGCAGGUGGGGCGACUCCUGCGUGUUCCGCCAUGCGACUGGGGGCGGCGAGGGUGGCGGCGGCGGUGGGGGCCGCGCU